UCACACUCUUACGUCAUUUUGUAUGUUUUGUAGUUUGUAGCAAAAAUGCAUUUUGGAGUUGUUUAUAUUUGAUAUUAUUAUAAAUUUUGUGUUUAAAAAUUAAAUCACAAUGACCAAUAAAUCGGAAGUUCAUACUAAUGGAAAUGGUAAUUUCAAGUAUUUCGAAGAAAUAAAAAAUGUAAAAAAUAUUCCCCGAUUUUGGAGAAGAAUUGAAUUUAAUGAAAAAACUUUUAGUUUAGUUCUCUUCUUUUUUUCUUUAAUUAUUGUUAUCGGCAAAAUAGCCACCAAUUACGGAUAUGUGAACCAUUGGCUUAUUUCGGACAAUGAGAAAUUUCACCGAAUAGAAGAAUUCAAUGUAAAUCAGAGUUUUUUUGAAUUAAACUCGGGAAACAUUGAAUUAAUUGUUAAAUAUGGAUGGAUUAUAAAAGCAAUUCUCAGUGGUUUGGCAACACUAUUUAUUACUUGGUACAUUAUUUACAUGGACAGCAAUAUUCCUGGAAUUAAUCCACCGUCACCUUUUCGAAAUUCAAAAACUAGAUUUAAGAAGGAAUUUGAAAUUUCAACAAAUUAUUUCGUGGGAAUUUUAAAUGGUCUGCUCAUUUUUUUCUACAUGUGUUUUUAAACAUAAAAAUUAGGACGUAAAACUAAAAAAAAGAAGGAAAAUAAACAACUUCAUGUACAAACAAUUCAUCGAUAUUUAUUAUAUAUAUUUAUAUAAAAAAAAAAAAAAAAAAAUGCUUAGUAAGUCAUUAAGUAGAUGAAAAAAAUAAUUUUUUUGUUCAAGUAUGUUCGUAAAAUGUUUAUAUAAAGUAUUUAUACGAAUAUGGUGGUGUGUUAUAUUCAAUGUUUAAUAAAGUUUCUGUUUAAGUAAAUUA